AUGUACGUCUCUGGCGAGACGGGUGAACCAUCGCUGGAAACUACCGGGAUAAUCGAAGAUAUUGUCCGCCAACAGGUCGUGGAAAUUCUGAGAAGUUGCACUGAACUGGCGGCGCGGCGCGGAUCGCGGUCAAUCAGCAUCAAUGACCUUAUCUUUCAGAUUCGCGACGAUCCCGCCAAGGUCUCUCGUCUGCGCACUUUUCUCUCAUGGAAAGAUGUCCGUAAGAAUGUCAAGGAGUCUGACGACAAGGGUGGUGAGGAUUUGGGCGCCGGCGACGAUGCUGUCGGCGGCGUCGCAGGCCCCGUCGAUGACAGCACAAAGAAAAACAAAAGGGCAAGGGUUGGGCUUCCUUGGGAGCCGGCCUCCUUCUUUCCCGUUGAGGUGCCCGAGCGGGAUGAUGAGGAAGACGACGAGGAGGAAGAGAUGAACUACAUCACCCUCCAGCGCUUACGCAAAGCCGACGAACGCACAAAAGCCAUGACCAAGGAGGAGUACGUCACGUGGUCCGAAUAUCGCCAGGCAUCCUUCACCUACCGUAAGGGCAAGCGCUUCCGCGAGUGGGCCGGCUUUGGCGUGGUCACGGACAGCAAGCCGACCGACGACGUUGUUGACAUUCUCGGCUUCCUCACCUUUGAGAUGGUGCAGACCCUGACCGAGGAGGCGCUCAAAAUCAAGGAAAACGAAGACCUACACCGCGAGCGGGCGGGCAACCCCAAAAAGCGCAAGGCGCCAGGUGGACGAGGCCUGUUCGACCCGCCCAGCGAGGGCCGCACGCCUAUCGAGCCACGGCACAUUCAGGAGGCUUUCCGUCGGCUCCAGGCCCGCCCCAAGAAAUCCAGGGCUAUGCUCAACUUCACGAGGUUGAAGCAACGGACGCCUCUCAAGCUGUUUUGA